AUGACACCGGCGUGGAAUCAACGGCUGGUUCAUGAACCAGCAAGACCCAAAUGGAGACUGGCAGAUCAGCGGAUAACCUUGCCUAAAUGCCCAAAUGUGCCUUCACGCCAACCUCUGGCCUCCUACACUACGGGGUCAAGGACCCUCGGUCGUACUGAGGCUUGGAGACCACUACAGAAGGCUGUGAUUGGCCCAUGUGGCUGGGAGGAGUCAGGUGUGCCUAAGGGGAGUGGCUUCCAUGCCAGACACGCAGAAGAAAGCCCGGUGCGCCCGCGGGUCGUCACGGUGGUCCGCCCGUGCGGCGAGCGUUGUCUCCGUAAGAUCUCUUUGCUGCUGAACCGACGUGCCGUACAGACGUUCGAGCAGCUCCUUGCCGACGUCUCCGAGGCCCUCGGUUUUCCGCGCUGGAACAACGCCCGGGUGCGGCGCCUCUUCAGUCCCGCGGGCCGAGAGAUUCGCAGCCUUUCGGACUUCUUCCGUUCGGACCACGCUUUCCUCGCCCUGGGUCCCGGCCGGCCAACGCUCAGCGACAUCCAGGCGGCGGUGGAGGAGCUCUACCCUAACAGCCCGAGGCACUGCGACAACCUACUGCGGUUAUGGGAACGUGUCUUGCGCCCGAAGGCUGCAAAAGCGGACAGCGGUUUCCACGACGACGACCCCCAAGUCGAGAAGCCCCCGGAUGCCGGCUCUGACCCACCUGCCAGUAAACCGCAUGCCAACAACCUGCAACCAAUCAGAGGGCAAGGACGGCAGAGAGGCCGGGGGAAGGAGGAGGGUCCGAGGGGAGACGUGGAGCGACGCCAAAAAAAAGAUGCAUCUCCGAGAUUGGAGGAGAAAGAGGAGGUUAGAGAGGAGGUGUCCGUUUACUGCCGGAACUGCAAAGGGUGCAAACCUGUUCCCCCAAUAGCAGAAAAUAACCGGCACCAAUGGGAAGAGCCAGAUAAACGGAGUAUAAAAGCUCCUUCUGUUAAGGAGAGCAGGACACUGACAGAAAAAAUGUUAAAUAAACAGCUGGAAAUGGACCAGCAUAUAGUCAAGCAUGACUUUGGGCUCUCUUCUCCUUUAACAGAGAGUAACAGAUGUGUCACCUCAGAGAAUCCCAAGCAAGGGGUAUUUAGACAGGAAGUGACCAAACCGGAAGUGACCAAACACAAAGACACGGUGCCUGAGCUCCUGCCUGAUGGAGCAGAGGUGACACCAGAUGACAUCGCGCGUUGCUAUGAUAUGGGUGGCGUGGUCGGCGAUGGAAAUUUCGCUGUGGUGCGUGAAUGUCGCGUGCGCGGUUCAGCCGGGACCUUCGCCAUGAAAGUGGUGGACAAGGCCAAGCUGCAGGGGCGAGCCCACAUGAUCCAGAACGAAAUCGCUCUGCUCCGAAGCCUGGCCCACCCACGUCUCGUCCGCCUGCUUGCCUCUCAUCACACGCACUCCCACGUUUACCUGCUGAUGGAGCUGGUGGCUGGAGGUGACCUGUUUGAUGCCAUUGCCCAGAAUGGCAGGUUCUGCGAGUCGACCGCGGGACGAAUGAUCAGAGACAUCAGCCAAGCCCUGGAGUACAUCCACAGCAAGAGCAUCGCCCAUCGAGACAUCAAACCCGAAAACCUGCUGGUUCAGCGUCAUGGUGACGGCAGUGUCAAUCUAAAGCUGGCUGAUUUUGGAUUGGCCAUGGUGGUGACGGAGCCAGUGUUCACGGUCUGUGGCACGCCCACGUAUGUUGCUCCAGAGAUACUGGCUGAGACAGGUUAUGGGGUUGAGGUGGAUGUUUGGGCAAUGGGAGUCAUCCUGUUCGUUCUCCUCUGUGGGUUUCCUCCAUUCCGGAGUCCGGAUCGGGACCAGGAUGAGCUCUUUCGCCUGAUCCGGUCUGGAGAGGUCCAUUUCAUUUCUCCGUACUGGGACCCUGUGUCGGAGGGUGCUAAAGCUCUGGUCAGGGCACUGUUGGAGGUGGAUCCCAGAGUCCGGCUCACAGCCCAUCAGGCUCUGCAACAUAACUGGCUUCAACACACAGUAGCACUGGAUGACCAGCAGGGGGAGAUGCAGACCAUCCAAGACCAGAGGGAAAAGCACAGACCAGUAAAACCAGUAGAGGCAGACUCAAACCAACAAAGAGCAGAGAGACCAGUAGAUAAUCGUAUAGACCAGAGCAGAUCACAGGGUUUAGCAAAGACAAGUAAGAUCAACACAGUUCAGCAACUAACACCAGGGCCUUUACAGUCCAGCACAGACCAGACGGCUGUGAAGACCCAAAAAAACAGUCAUGAUAAGAACAGAGAAGAAGCCAGAAACAGAGACCAGCCAAGUACAGAAAGACUAGCUCAGACUAACACAGAUCAGAGAUGCCAGUACAGACCAGACAGACCAGCACAGACCAGUACAGACCAGCAGAAGCAAGGGGAACCAGCUGACAUUAGUCCAGGGCAGACGAACAAGUAUAGACCAACAGAGAGCAGAAACCACAUCAGAGAGCAGCACGGUCCAGAGAGACCAGCAACUGAGACAGAGACUGACACAAACCAAACAAAUCAGCAGAAAGCUGAAACACCAGGAUACAUCAGAGAGACCAGUAUAGACCAGCAGAUACACCAAAGAGAGCAGGACAGACCAGGAUACGUCAGAGAGACCAGUAUAGACCAGCAGAUACACCAAAGAGACCAGGACAGACCAGGAUACACUAGAGAGACCAGUACAGACCGACAGAUACAGAAGAGACUGAUACACACCAGUUCAAAUGAGAGAGACCAGCAAAGACCAACACAGACCAGCAACCAAAACUCAGAGCAACACAGCCCAUAG